AUGUCUCAGCCCCCUCUAAUGAAGGACCGGCUCACUCUUGUACUGAGGCAGCCGUUGAGAGAGAAGAUCGUGGAAGCCUUGAAAUCGGUCACUUUGUCUGCCAAUGAUCGUGUUUACGUUCAGCUGGUUCCUCAACCACAGCCUGAUGAGUUUCUGAAUGUUAUCCCGAUCUUUUACGCUGCCGUGUCUCAACAUUGUCCUUCAGGAGACGUCAGACUGCUUCUGGGGAAGACUUAUCCCGAUUCAAAGUUUAUUUUUCAAGAUAACGUGAAGGAAGAUGCGACUGUUUCUCCUUUGAAGAGGAAGUAUCAGAACGUUGUUUUGGGUGGGACAUUUGAUCGUAUCCAUAAUGGACAUAAGGUAUUGUUAUCCACUGCUAUUUUACUGGCAAAUGGACGUAUUACAUGUGGUGUUACGGACAAGGAUAUGAUCAAGAGUAAGUUAAUUUGUUUUUAUUUUAUUUCUGUUUUAGACAAGAAACUGUGGGAAUUGAUUGAGCCUUAUGAGAAGAGAAUUGAAUCUGUAAAAGAGUUUAUUAACGAUGUUUCUGAAGGCUUGGCGUUGAAUGUUGUACCAAUCGUGGAUCCAUUCGGACCGUCUAUAGUAGAGAAAGACUUGGAAUGUAUUGUUGUAAGCAAGGAAACCAGGAAAGGAGGAGAUGCUGUGAACAAACGACGAAUUGAAAAGGGAUUGUUUGAGUUGGAGGUAUUCGAAAUAGAUUUGGUGGAUGGGGAAGACAAAAUUAUGAAUGAAACAAAGCUGAGUUCAUCAGCUAGACGACGGGAAUCUCUAGGACAUUUGUUAAGGAGUCCUUUGAAACCCGAAGUUGAUGUCAACAACAAAUACGUGAUUGGCUUGACUGGAGGAAUUUGUUCAGGAAAAACUCACAUUUCAGACUUUUUGAGGAAGAAAGGUUGUUUUGUAAGUCUUAUAUUGGUAAUGACACUAAAGUUUGUGUUUUAUACUAUAUAUAUGAUUUUAAGUUAUGUUUUUUCUCUUUAUACAUUAUUUUAGGUAAUAGAUUGCGAUAAAGUAGGGCAUGAAGUGAUGGCCGAUAGCGAAGCAGUACGAGAAGGUAUAAGAAGAGAGUUUGGAGAAGAAAUGGUGAAGGAUAAUGUCGUUGAUAGAAAAGCACUGGGUGCUUACGUUUUUAAAGACAAGGUAAUUUAAAAUUUUGAUAGUUUUUGCAAAAUUUAUAAUAUAUUAUACGUUGAAAUCAAAAUGUUACUUUAGGAGCGUCUAAACAAACUUCAAGCAAUAAUGUGGCCAAUAAUGGCAGAUCGCGUUGUAGACAGAAUCAGAAGAGCUGAUGAGAAGAUUGUUAUUGUAGAUGCAGCUGUUUUACUAGAAGCCCAAUGGGACAAGUUUGUGCAUGAGAUCUGGACAGCGAUGGUACCAAUGGAAUUUGUGGUCGAAAGAGUAAUGAACCGAGACAAAUUGUCUAAAGAAUUGGUCAGUUUUGAUAGAAAUUCUGAUAUUUAUGACAGUUUUUAUCGUUUUUUCAUCAUUAGAUUGUAAAAGCUCUGCUUUGAUGACGAUAAUGGUUUAUGUUGACUGUGACACAGAUUAUGUUAAUCAUGAUAUAGUUUAUUUUAUGUUUUAAGGCGGAAGAUCGGAUCAACAGCCAGAUGAAGACGGAAGACAGAAUCCGAAGAAGCCAUGUUGUCCUUUGUUCCCAGUGGGAAUACGAAGAAACGGAACGCCAAGUGGAAUUAGCUCUGGAACAUGUUCAAAAACGGGCCAUCUAA